UAAACGCUCUCUUUUUUCAACUUUCGGUGGAUUCGAUUUCUUUAUUGUUCCUAAUUUGUUUUUAAAGUCUUAACAUUAAUAAAAAAAAUUGAAAAUAUAUCUACAAGACCCUAAUUAUCGAAUUAAAAAUCAUAAAAUAAUUUUAGUUCAUAAUGCCUAGUGACUAUAUAGUAACUAUAAAUGGCCUCUCAGGGCUGCUUCUAUCGUCCUCUCAUUCUUCAGCCUCUCUCUCUGUGUCUCUCGAUCUCUUCCCAAAAUGGAAAGACCACUCAACUCUGCGACUCAUCCAAUUUCGACUCGGUUCCUUUUUCUCCUCAUCAGUUCAUUUCUUUUCACGUCGACAUGGCCAUGCAUCGAAGCUGCAGCCACCCAAGAGCUUCUUACAAGCUUUGAAGCCACCCCAAAUCCUUCAAUUCCCUCAUUCCAACCUCUCCUUAACGAUUCCUCAGGCAAGUUCUCUUUUGGUUUCCUCCGAUUCAACUCAACCCAACUAGCUCUGGCCGUCCUGCACGUACCUUCCAGUGAACCCCUCUGGCUCGCCAACCCCACCACCUUGGCUCGCUGGUCAGACAGCACGAAAGUCUUCUUCAAUGGCAGUCUUGUGAUUGCAGAUAGCCGGACAAAGGUGUUUUGGUCAACUGAAACCCAAGGUGACCAGCUUGUCCUACUUAAUAAUUCAAAUCUUCAGAUACAAAAAAACCUCGACAACAGCAACGACCCUACUGUUUUAUGGCAAAGUUUCGAUUUUCCCACAAAUACCCUUGUGGAAACUCAAAAUUUCACUUCUACCAUGACCCUCAUUUCUUCAAAUGGCCUGUAUUCAAUGCGUCUAGGUAGCGAUUUCAUUGGGUUGUACGCUAAAUUUGACUCAAAUUCUGACCAAAUUUAUUGGAAGCACAAAGCUUUACAAGCCAAAGCUCGGAUUAUUGAAGGUAAUGGACCGAUUCACCUCCAAGUUAACUCAGAUGGGUGGCUGGGAAUGUACCAAAAUGGAACAACCCCGGUCGAUGUUGAAUCUUUUAACAGCUUCCAACGAUCCCUUGAUGGACUCCUUAUGGUCCGGUUAGAACCGGACGGGAACCUCAAAGCUUAUUACUGGGCCGGGUCAAGUUGGGUUUUGGAUUACCAAGCCAUUCGUGAAACUUGUGACUUGCCGAAUCCCUGUGGUUCGUACGGUUUGUGUACUCCCGGGUCGGGUUGUUCUUGUUUGGACAAUACUACGGAGCUCUCAUCCGGUGAGUGUUUGGGCUCCGGGUCCUACUUAAAUAAUUUGUGUACCGACCCGAAAACUCAAAACGACAUCAAGGUUUUAAGAAGAGAAGGGGUAGAGGUGCCGUUUAAGGAGUUAAUGAAUUAUGAAACAACGUCGUCUUUGGAAGAAUGCGAGGACUCGUGUGAAAAGAAUUGUAGUUGUUUUGGGGCCGUUUAUAAUAAUGCAUCCGGGUUUUGCUACAUCUUGGAUUACCCGGUCCAAACCCUGUUGGGAGUGGCGGAUGAUAGUAAAGUGGGGUACUUUAAAAUGAGGGAGGGUGCCAGAAAGAAAAAAGUGGAUGCAGGUUUAGGAGUGGGGAUUGGGCUAUUAGGUGGGGCCGCAAUAUGUUUGAUCGGGGCAAUCGGGUUUGGAAGCUACAAGAUUUGGAUGAGUAAGAGAGGACUGAAGCGGAUCUUGGAGGAAGAAACGGGUGGUGUAAUGUCCGGCCCGUAUAAGGAUCUCGGAUCGGCUAGCUUUAGGUCGAUCGAGAUGUGCAGUGGGAGUCGUCGAUAACUCGAGAAAAUUAUAAUUUCAUAUUCGAUUUUUUAAGAAAAAACAUUUUAAAAGUAAAAAUAAAAUUAAUAUUGGUAUGAUGACGUAAGCAGUGACAUAGGAGUGGGGGGUUUGACAAAAAAUUUGAGGAACACCACUAACUUUAGACGGCCGAGCAGAUGUGGGGUAAACUUUUUGUCUUUUGUUUUUUGGGAUUUUUUUGGUUUCUUCUAGAUGGUAAUGGGAUCAUGGGACCAAGCUAAUCCUAAUUGACGAUCUUUUUAUAUAAAUUUUGUAUAGUGUAUUUUAUUUAUGUCGAUGAUGGUGGAUUCUUCACGUGGGAUCAUGUGGGCCACACUUGGAUGAAUUUGUCUACACCUUUUUGUAUUUUCGUCCUCGACAACCAUGAUAGUGUAGUAAAAAUCUCUCACCUUAAAACUCGAUACAAGUAAAAAUCUUAUACAUAUUGUUUGUAUAAAAAAAUGGAUCCAAUGGCAGGUACUUGAAAAAAAAAAUGAAGACAGGGCACAAGUUGAUUCAACGUUUGUUCUUUAUGCUUAAAUUAGUAAGUAGGUUUUUUCACUUUCAUCAGCCAUCAUUAAUUGUUUCAUUUUACUUACAAUAUCAUAUUUGGGGUGUUUAGAACGAAUAUAUUUUUGUAAUUAUAUAUAUGUUUAAUUUUAAUUU